AUGGCACCAAAACGCCAGCGGGCACCUACAAGCCCCAUCGAGAGGACCAAUUCCAAAACAGACCAAGACUUCAUCUCCGACUAUCUUCAAACGUCCAUUUCCUCCUCCGCAUUAUUACCCCCAUCAUCAUCGCCGGCGCCGAAACCCUGGACGACAAAAUGGACGCAUCCCAAAACCAACAAUCAGUACACCAUCAGCCUAGUCCGGUCCGACAAGCUCAGCAAAGAAGAACUGCAAGCAUGUUUCGACCUGGUCAAAGAGACCAGCUACGACGACUACCAAAACUCCAAAGACAAAUGGCAACCCCGAAAGAAGAUGGAAGAGAUGAAAUCCCCCGGUCUUCGCUACGUCCUGGUUCAAGACAAUAAAUCCGAAAACGGCGGUUCGAUCCGCGCUUUCACAUCCUUGAUGCCCACCUACGAAGAAGGCCAGCCGGUCGUUUACUGCUAUGAAAUCCAUCUGAAGCCGGAACUGCAGGGCUCCGGACUCGGUUCACUUCUGAUGGGGUUCCAUGUCAUCGUGGCCACCAACCUGCCUCCCAUCACGAAGGUUAUGUUGACGUGUUUCCUGUCCAACGAACGCGCCCUUGGCUUUUACAAAAGGCACGGCUUUGAGACGGACGACAUUUCACCUGGGCCAAGGAAAUUCCCACCGCUCGCGGAGGAUAACCCAUCUGAUGAAGAGAAGCCGUCGGAGGACAAGCCAUCUGAGGACCAGCCGUCCGAGGCCCAGUCGUCCGAGGCCCAGUCGUCCGAGGAUAAGCCAUCUGAACGCAAGAGGCUUAAGGCCGAAACAUCGGAAGAUCACUCGCUUACAGACAAACAAAAUGAAGACGGGAAAUCGAAUCCUAAACCUUCACAGGACGAGAAACCAUAG